UGCAAAUUCAGUGUCUGGCAAUUUUGUUAAUUUGGCUAUAAACAUGGAAUAUGAAAGUGUAUUAAUUGUCAAACCCGAGGUUUUCAUAUACAAAAUACCACCGAGAGCCAGCAAUCGAGGCUACAGAGCUGCUGAUUGGAAUCUUAAGGAACCCACAUGGACAGGCCGCAUGCGUCUGGUGGCCAAAGGGACCGCCUGCAUUUUGAAGCUGGAGGAUAAGACCAGCGGCGCACUAUUCGCCAAUUGCCCCAUCGAUACAUAUCCCGGAGUGGCCAUUGAAGCUGUUUCGGAUAGUUCACGGUAUUUUGUCAUCCGUGUCCAGGAUGAUAAUGGUCGUUCGGCAUUCCUUGGAUUAGGUUUUGGCGAUCGUUCCGAUUCGUUUGAUCUCAAUGUUGCACUCCAAGAUCAUUUUAAAUGGGUCAAAAAUCAGGAGCAAAUUGAAAAGGAGAAAACUGAACCCAAACAGGAAUUGGAUUUGGGUUUCAAAGAGGGUGAAACCAUUAAAAUCAAUAUGCGCAUAACGAAAAAAGAUGGCUCCGAGGGCACCUCACGCACGGGCAAAGGCAAAAGUUCGAGCGGUGUAUUGCCACCACCACCGGGUGGCUUGAGCAAAAUAGCUCCACCACCAGCACAAGCGGCGGCAACUGCAGGUGGAGCCACAUCGCCAGCCCAUAGAGCGGCUGCUGGUGCUGGAUCAGAGUGGACCGAUUAUGCAUCAGCUGGGGGCAAUCAAGGACAACAGAACACGGCAAAUGCCAAUUGGGUGCAGUUCUAGGCUAAAAAUUCAUAAGGAUAAGAGCCUUAAUUUAUUGUGUGUUUUAAGGUUCUAUCUCCUCCUAUUCAGCAUAUUAACACCGCCCCCUCCACCAAACCAACCACUCAUCCUGUUUAACUUGUUUUGUUCUCUAUACCAAGGAGCUUCGAUCAACAACUAAAUUAUAAAAGCAUUAUACGAAAGGGAAAAAAAAAAGAGAAAAACAACAACAACAAAAGCAUAUAGGAACGCAUUAAGAAUGUUUGAAACGUUAAAGUUGAAAAGUUUUUUUUGAA